AGCAACGGAGGCGCCGCACUCUGCCGAGGAUCCCGAGCGAGGUUUUUGGUUCGGCUGGUUUUGGUUGUGCUAGUGCUCCCGCUGAUGCCAAGUAACCAGGAUGCGGGACGCAGUGUGGAUGGUCAUCGCUGUUUGCUGCACCGCCGGUGCCACCAACGCGUUGGCUUGUGGGAACGUAGCGACGCGGGGGAGAGCCACCCAGUCCACCACCUACGAAUACGGAACUGCAGACAAUGCGAUCGAUGGAUCUCGGGACGGCAACUACCACCACAAAUCGUGCACCCACACCCAAUCGGAGACGAAGCCGUGGUGGAGAGUUGACCUGUUCGCGCAGGAAAGUGUGCUCUCGGUGAAGAUCACCAACAGGGCCGACUGCUGCUCCUACGUCACAGGGUGCGGGAUGAUCUCCAUGCUGGGGGCCGGGGAGACCGCCGUCCUCGACUGCCACGGGAUGCUUGGGCGCUUUGUUGACGUGGUGCUGACCAGCGGCGGCGUUCUGACCCUAUGCGAAGUGGAAGUGUACGCGCGUGAUCGUGGGGCGGGGGCGAAUGGCGCACAGUCCAGCAUCCUGAAUGAAACCAUGUUAAUCUAAUCGUCUCUGCCCGCACGACAUCCGUAUCCCUCCAUUCCCUGCCUGUCUCCGCGCUUAUCUAAAACCUAUCGUAUCUGCUCCACCACCACCCUUGGCAAUGCGUUCCUGAAGCUGUCCACCCUUUUCCUGUAGGUAAUACCUUCAAAUAUAGACAUGAUAAUGAUAGGCCUCCUCUGCACCCUUUCCAAACCCUCCACAUUCUGUAAAAGGGGCGAACGGAACUGCACGCAAUAUUAAAAAUGAGGCCAAACCAAAGUUUUGUAAAGCUGUAACUUAUCUUCCUGGCUCUUGUGCUGAAUAAAACGGUGAAGCAUCAA